AUGACAAUACGUCCCCUCAAUGACAAAGAGAAGGCCACAGGUGAACAGGAGGUCCUGGAGUUCCCUGGCAAGGGGCAGGUGAUCUGCCACACCAUGACACCUGGCCAGAAGCCCAAGGUGUUUUCCUAUAACGUCGUCUUCGAGCCGGCUGCGACACAGGAAGAUGUACUAGAAUAUUCUGGAGUGAAGAGGCUGCUCGAGAUGGCAGUGGAAGGUUUCUCCUGCACAGCCUUCUGCUACGGGCAGACAGGGAGCGGGAAGACACACACCCUCACUGGACCUCCAGGACUGUUUACUGGUAGUACGAGUCCAUACUCCCCAGAACACGGCCUGGUGGUGCGCUCCUUCGUGUACCUGUUCCAGCUGAUACAAGAGCGGCCUGAAUGCCACUUCAUCCUCAAGGCUUCCUUCUUGGAGAUAUACAACGAAAAGGUGAUUGAUCUACUGAACCCCGGCAGCGCGAGGAAACCGCUCCAGGUGCGGUGGUCAAAAGAGAGCAGAAGUUUUUACGUGGAAAACCUUUUCACGGUCGACUGCGAGCAACUGGACGACUUAUUUGCUGUUCUGGAAGAAGGCAUGAAGAACCGCGCGGUAGGCGCACACGCGAUGAACGCGCACUCCUCUCGCUCGCACACGUUACUAAGUGUGCGCGUGCGCCGCGACCUGCGCGCCGACGCCAAGAUCACGUGCUCGACUCAUGGCAAGAUCAACUUCGUGGACCUGGCCGGCAGCGAGAUGACUAAGAAGACUCACAGCACGGGGAAGACGCUUGAGGAGGCCAAUAAUAUCAACAGGAGCCUCAUGGUUUUAGGUUACUGUAUAGCGCAACUUAGUGAUGGAAAAAAGAGAGGUCACAUCCCGUACCGGGACAGCAAGCUGACGAAACUUCUAGCCGACAGCCUUGCCGGGAACGGAGUCACAUUGAUGAUCGCGUGCAUAGCCCCAACGAGAUCAAACAUCAGCGAAACCAUCAACACUCUUCGAUACGCCUCUAGAGCUAAGAAGAUUAAAUCCAAACCUAUAGUCAAAAUGGAUGCGAGAGACGCUCUAAUACUGAGCUUGAAGAGGGAAGUGGAGGCUUUGCAGACGGAAAACGAACACCUCAGGACGGCGUUACACGUGCAGACAGAUUAUACUUUGGAUAGUUACAGUAAGUACAUGAACGUCAUUCCCAUCUACCCUCUUCGAGCUUGCCACCGGGCGUUCGAAGAAGAACGAGUUCAGCAGAUUCCAGAUGAGGUGCUUCGAUUGAAGCGUGUAGCCUCCAUAGCUCAGGGUCCAUUCUAUUCUUCUAUUCUAUUCAAUGUAAUGCCUGAUCAAAGCUCCAUUGACUGCAGCAAUUUCCUUAAUCAGUUUUUCUACAUUUCAGGUAACCGCCGCACACCGCCUCAAAUUGAACCGAACAAACUCUACCAACUGCCCCAAUCAGAGCUGGUAGACCUGGUGCAACUGCACAUGCAAGAAAAUACCGCGUUGAGGACCGAAAACACUGAACUCUUCAACGUGAGGGACCAACUCCUCAGGGACCAGGAGUUGCUGAGUCGGGAGAACGAGAGGCUUUUGAAAAAGCUCGAAGAUGUCAAUUCUGUUUGCAUACGCUCACCCAUCAUCCCAGCGCGACCAACGUACUCGGACGGUGGGACUAUUGGCGCCAAUGUUUGGACCAACCCUGCCGUGGCCACGCCCAACGUUGGAGCCAAUGAAAACACUUUUGGUAAAUUAGACUUGAACAAAUAAAAUUGUGUACUGCUAAUGUUUAUGUUUUGAAAAUGUAUAAAUAGACAUGUUGACACCACCAAUCAAUUGACGUACUUUUUAAAACUGUCAAAACGAAACUCUCCCAUAGAUUUUGUAUGGCACAAGCAAGUGACGUCACUAUUUUGUCAACUUAAUUAAACUACUUUUUUCAAUUACAAUGCGACCAAAAGUCGUAAUUUACAGGUAAUUUAAAAUUAAUUAAGUUUUUAAGACCAGAAUGAAAUGUUUUUUUAGAAAAGUUGUGAUUUCGAAUUAUUGGGGAAUGGUGUCAAAUUG